UUGUUAAUUUAAAAUUUCACGUGUAUUUUGUCCUAAUUUUAAACAAGACGUUGUAUAAUUGGUUUGUUGAUCAUCUGUAAAAUUGAAUUAGGGUUCUUAUAGACCAAAUACUUAGAGCAUCGAUUUGAAUUGUUUGUGCUUUUCACCAAAAUGCAGAGGGAAGAGAGAAGAAGAAAGUUCCAUGAGUCCCUCAUCAACAUGCUUCAUCCUCCCCCUCCUUCACCACCUAGCCAACAAGAAGAUGAGGAGGAAGCACUGAACAAAUUACGGGAGAGUUUGAAUGCGGAUCAUUUAUCAGAUGAUGAAUUGGAAGAGACUAGCUCUUCGUCACCAAGCAGUGAUGAGGAUGAAAGUGAUGCUCAGAAACUCACAAGGGCUCAGAGGAAGCGGCUUCGUAGGAAGAAACUCAAGAGAGCCGCUUCGCGACGGCAGGAAAUUAUUGGGCCAUUGUUACCUACUGCAAGUGAUUAUAUCAAUUGUGGUGGUGAAAAUAAUCAUGUCAAAAAUGAACCUCCAGAUGUUCGACGAAAUGCCGCUGAGGAAUCAGAGACUGUGAGUGACAAUGGAGUUUAGGAAAGACAACUGCUUGCACCAACCAGAACAAGCUGAAGCAGAGAAGGAUGGCGAAAAGGUUGGCCAGAGAAAGAUCAAAGAAGUCCUCUAAUACGAAGAAUUAUGAUCAAGAUCAUCAACCUUCCAGUGGAAAUGAAGACUCUAUUCGAAAUUCUGAAUGUGUUGAUCCAAAGUGAGAUUGUGUUUGGAAAUUUCUAUAGAUGGUGACGGUCAAAGCACGUCCAGUCCGAUGCAGCUGCUAAAAUGAGCAGAAUUUCUUUGGAUUCAAUUCAGAUGAGCUGUGUUUGUGCAAAGGUUUGUUAAUGGCUUAUGGACCUAUGGUGAGAAUCUUAUGGGCACCAAUUCAAUUCCACACAAAUUGGGAUGAGCUUGCUGCUAAUACUCAUACUUCUUAUUCUUGUAAAUUAUUUGGUUCCUUUUGUUGGAUCAUUAGUGAUGAUGAUUCAACCUGAACAACAGUAAUGUUUGUGACAAGAACAGAAAUGAGCAUUGUGUGAUUGUGAUUGGAAGUUUUGGUUUGAAA